AUGCUUACGCAGUUGGCGUUGCCUUUGCUGGCGCUACAUUUGUGGUUCCCUCUUCUACUAUCGGCAAAGGCACUUAACCGGCCGCCGGGUGAGAAUAUCCAGUUCUUGCUUCACUACUGGCUCUGGUACUUGGGGCUUUCAUAUGUGCAUUUCUACCUAGCGCUGAUGGUGCCACUCCAGGGCGUGGUGGACCUUUUUUUGGCUGGAGUGAAGAUAUGGCUAUUCUAUGGCCAUGGAUGUAUUGUGCUUUCACGGUUCUAUCUCCCACGCGUUGCGUUUGCAACCACUGGAUGGACUUCGGUGGUGGAGUUGGAGGCUACGGUGAUAGAUCCAUUGGUGCUGGCGUUUGUGGUGAGAAAUCCAAUUUUACAGAACACCAUGUCGGUGAUAGAAAGAACAGGCAUUGCUAGUUUUGCUCUGGCGCUUUUCGCUUUCAACCAUGAGCUCUGUCGCCUGGUUCUGUGGCCUAAAAGACCCCUGUGUCUUCACCUAGGCGUAGACUUCCUUUGCUACAUGGACCUGCCGAGGGAAUUGGCUGCACGUUUACAAAAACUCGAACGGUUUAUCUUUGGUAUCCGUUCGGCGGUUUCCCCAGUGGUAUCCCCCAAGUCACGCAAAGUGUCUUCUCGCAAGCUCAACACGUCCAAGGUCGACUACGACGACCUGUUUCUGCCUCGACUGACCGAGUUUUACACGCCAAAUCGCUCAAAUGCUCUCAGUCCAGCAGUUUUCAGCCCUGUGGCCGGUCCAUUGGAGACAAACUCGCCGCUUGUCAAGAAAACUAGAAGGAGACCACCAGAAGAGACUAAGAGGACGCGUAGCGCCAGCGUGGGAAGUAUCGAUGAUUCCCCGUUACCAUACCCCCUUGAAGACCCCAACCCGACCGAACGAAGCGUUUCUGAAGUCAUCUUCAAGAGUCGGCGAGACCUCUAA